AUGUUUCCGUUCUCCUUGAUUCUGUCUCUCUGGCGAUCUAUGGUAGCCAGUGGUGAAUCUGGUCCUCCUACCAGAGACAAUGGCCGGAAUGUGAAGUGGUUAGACGGCCUGCGCGGAAUCGCAUCGUUUCUCGUCAUUCUCACCCACCUGGCACGAGCGUGGGAUUAUGAGCUCUUCAGCGCUGGACCCGCUGAGGGAACCCCCCGACUGCUACAGCAGCCCGUUCUCCGAAUUCCGUGGCAGGGACGAAUCGGCGUUACCAUAUUUGCAUUUUUGACCGGAUAUGUUUGCGCCCUAAAACCACUGAGGCUUUCUGGUUCCGGAAACUAUAACGCUUCAUUCUCUUCUAUCGCAAAGAGCGCAUUUCGCCGUCCCCCGCGGUUGAUCCUCCCCGCCACGAUCGCAUUGUUGUUUGCAUGGACAGUCGCUCAGUUUGGUGCUUUCAAGGUAGCUACAAGGUCGGACGUGGACUGGUUCAGAGCAGCGAGCGUCAAGGUCGACCCCUCAUGGCUCAAGGAAAUCAGCCGCCUGUUCUUUACUAUACUAUCGACGUGGACCAUCGGACGUAACGACUAUGACGACCAUCAGUGGGCCCUGAGGCCACUACUGCUGGCCUCGAUGUUGGUCUAUAUUCUACUUGUUGCGACUAUGUAUGUCAAGUAUCACUACCGCUUGGCUAUAUACGUUGUGAUGAUUCUCUACUUCCAUCAGGAUGCUUCUCCUAAUACCGGUAUGUUGUUUACAAAUAGCCAAUCGGCCAUUAAUAUAUAUCCUGCUAACGACGGAGUAUUUCCUACUACAGAAACUUUUGGUCAGCAGGCAUGUUACGGUAUGAUGCUGAGUGACAUUGCUAGCAACCAUCCGGAAAAUUCUUAUAUCUCCUCUCGUCCGUGGCUCCGCCGCGCAAUAUGCUGGGUCGCUAUCGCACUUGGGCUAUGGUCGGCCUCUUAUCCCGAACAUGACGUCGAUAGAUGCGGCUGGUCCAACAUUCUUCUCGAGUCAUCUAAAUACAUGUUCCCACCAAACGUCAAUCUUGGAAAACGCUUCACAGCCCUUGGAGUCGACCUCAUUAUUCUCGGCAUAUUCCUUUCUCCUUCUAUCAAAAAUGUGCUCUCCAACAGCUUCUUCCUAUGGUUUGGUCGAAACAGCUUUGCUGUCUACCUUACCCACGGUACUCUGCUGAAGACGGUCCUAACCUAUAUGGUUUACGGCAAUAUCACCGGGGAACCAUGGGUUGUCACCAAGAAUGAAAACGGAGAAGACGUACUGCCUCCAUGGUUCACUCGGGGAUCUCCCGGCGUAUUCGCCAUUUGUAUACCGAUCUGGCUGGUGAUAGUGUACACUGUUGCCCACUUCUGGACAACAUACGUCGACUCCUUCUGCGCACGAGUCACCCAGCGCCUUGAAAGCCUUGCCUUUGAGUCCGACAAUGAGAAAACCCAACUCCCUAGGUGA